ACUUUGGACACCCCCCCCCCCAGGCCCAGAUGUAGUCCAUAUUUACCUCAUGAAAUGGGAAAGAGAGGACGUCCGUGGGUCGGUCCUUCCUCCGGUACAUGUGGUUUAUCUGCCGGAUCCUGCGGUCGUCGACACAAACGAUGCCCAGGUCGAAGUUGCGGAUGCCGAGGAUGUGUCUUAUGGUGUCGGCGUCCUUUCGCAGCCUGGCACGGCGGAGAGGAACCACCUUUUGCAGGCACUUGCGUAGGCGAGGGGGGCCGCACAAGACGGAAGCAGCCACGGACUUGAGCCGCUGGCGACUGACCAAUGCUGACGGCAGGCAAACCUGGCGUUACGUGGACGAUGUCGACGGUCCGGAGAGAGAGCAGACCAUGCUCGAGGCCCAUUCUUUAGGCUUGGACACGACAAAGUUUGUGCGUGACUCCCCGCCCGCCAGCACAGCCGUACGAGCAGCCAUGAAGGGCAUGCUCUUCUACAGUCACCUCCAGGCGGAGGACGGCCACUGGGCGGGGGACUAUGGUGGACCUCUCUUCCUGCUUCCAGGUCUACUCAUCACUUGCCAUAUAGCUAAGAUCCCUCUGCCCGAGGCUUGGAAGUUGGAGAUGAUUCGAUACUUGCGCUCUGUUCAGCUUCCAGAUGGAGGCUGGGGCCUACAUAUUGAAGAUAAGUCAACAGUAUUUGGGACAGCUCUGAGCUACACCUCACUAAGGAUUCUGGGUGUCGGUCCAGAUGACCCAGAUAUGGUUCGAGCAAGGAACAACCUACACAGCAAAGGUGGUGCAGUUGGGAUCCCUUCAUGGGGGAAAUUCUGGCUGGCCAUUCUCAAUACCUACAGCUGGGACGGAAUGAACACCCUGCUACCAGAGAUGUGGUUGCUCCCCACUUGGAUGCCGGCUCACCCCUCGACGCUGUGGUGCCACUGUCGCCAGGUGUACCUCCCCAUGAGCUACUGCUAUGCUGUCCGACUCGCCGCUGAGGAGGACGCCCUGGUCCUCGGCCUCAGACAGGAGCUUUAUGUCCAGGACUAUGCUAGCAUUGACUGGCCAGCUCAGAGGAGCAAUGUGGCACCGUGUGAUUUAUACACACCUCAAAGCACACUUCUGACUGUCUCCUACAUGGUGCUAAACGUGUAUGAGGCUCACCACAGCGCCGCGCUGAGAGGAAUGGCUGUCAAAGAAUUGUAUGAGCACAUUCAGGCCGAUGACCGCUUCACAAAAUGCAUCAGCAUUGGACCGAUUUCCAAGACAAUCAACAUGCUGGUCCGCUGGUCCGUGGACGGUCCGUCUUCUCCAGCCUUCCAGGAGCAUGUGUCCAGGAUCCCCGACUACCUCUGGUUGGGACUCGAUGGCAUGAAAAUGCAGGGCACCAAUGGCUCUCAGCUCUGGGACACUUGCUUCGCAGUGCAGGCUUUCCUCGAGGCAGGAGCCCAAAAUGACGCUAAACUCGCCGAGUGUCUCGGACGUGCCCACGAGUUUCUCACCGUCACGCAGAUUCCAGAUAAUCCCCCAGAUUACCAAAAGUACUACAGACAGACAAACAAGGGAGGUUUCCCCUUCAGUACCCGCGACUGUGGCUGGAUAGUGGCGGACUGCACGGCUGAGGGUCUCAAGACAAUGAUGUUGCUGGACGAGCUGUGCCCCUCCACCAGCAAACCUGUCGCUUUGGAGCGCCUGUACAAUGCUGUCAAUGUGCUAUUGAGCAUGAAAAACUCAGAUGGUGGAUUUGCCACAUACGAAACAAAGAGAGGGGGAAGACUCCUGGAGCGGCUCAACCCGUCUGAGGUGUUUGGCGACAUCAUGAUAGAUUAUACCUACGUGGAAUGUACGUCAGCGGUACUCCAGGCUCUGAGGCACUUCCAAAAAGUCCACCCAGAACACCGCGCUGAGGAAAUAAGCAACACCCUGAGAGAAGGACUGGAUUAUUGUCGGAAGGUGCAGAGGCCAGAUGGAUCCUGGGAAGGGUCCUGGGGAGUGUGUUUCACAUACGGGACCUGGUUUGGCCUCGAAGCCUUGGCCUGUAUGGACCACGUCUACAGGGACAGCGGGGACGUGUGUGCCGAGGUGCAGGGAGCCUGUCGGUUCCUGUUGGAUCGGCAGAUGUCAGACGGCGGCUGGGGGGAGGACUUUGAGUCGUGUGAGCGGCGUUGCUACGUUCAGAGCCGCUCCGCUCAGAUCCACAACACCUGCUGGGCGCUGCUAGGACUCAUGGCUGUCAGACACCCUGACCAGCGGGCCAUUGAAAGAGGAAUACAACUACUGAUUGAUAAGCAGCUUCCCAAUGGAGACUGGCCUCAGGAGAACGUUGCAGGCGUGUUCAACAAGAGCUGUGCUAUCAGCUACACUUCCUACAGAAACGUCUUCCCGAUUUGGACCCUCGGACGCUUCUCUGCAUUAAACCCUGGCAGCUCUCUGACGGGAAAGCUCGACUUGUCAAUCAACUGACUGGUACUUGUCCCAGCAUUAUUUUGCAUUGCAGCUUUUUGAUUGAUGUAUCAUUUACAGUGUGUGAGUAGGUUCAUUGACAGUAGCAGGUCUAGUUUCAAUUAGGGAUGAGUGAUAUGGCCUAGAAUCUAUAUCCUGAUAUAUACUGAGUUUUUCAGACUAUAGGGUGCACGGGUAAAUUGUCUGCACCCACUAAUUAUCUACAGUGGCUCAUGUGUCAACUCUGUUCAAAUGAAUGUGAACUCGCAAUUUUCCUAUUUGUUCAAUCAAUCAAUCAAUCGAUCAAUGUUUAUUUAUAUAGCCCUAAAUCACGAGCGUCUCAAAGGGCUGCACAAGCCACAACGGCAUCCUCGGCUCAGAUCCCACAUCAGGGCAAGGAAAAACUCAACCCAGUGGGAUUACAAUGAGAAACCUUGGAGAGGACCGCAGAUGUGGGACGACCCCACACACUCUAUCGAGGGAGAACGGUGCAAUGGACGUCGAGUGGGUCUAGCAUAAUAUUGUGGAAGUCCAGUCCAUAGUGGAUCUAACAUAGUAGUGAGACUCCAGUCCAUAGUGGAUCUAACAUAAUAGUGACAGUCCAGUUCAUAGUGGAUCAAACAUAAUAGUGAGAGUCCAGUCCAUAGUGGAUCUAACAUAAUACUGAGAGUCCAGUCCAUAGUGGAUCUAACAUAAUAGUGAGAGUCCAGUUCAUAGUGGAUCAAACAUAAUAGUGAGAGUCCAGUCCAUAGUGGAUCCAAGAUAAUAGGAGUCCAGUCCAUAGUGGAUCUAACAUAAUACUGAGAGUCCAGUCCAUAGUGGAUCAAACAUAGUAGUGAGAGUCCAGACCAUAGUGGAUCUAACAUAAUAGGAGUCCAGUCCAUAGUGGAUCUAAUAUAAAAGGAGUCCAGUCCAUAGUUGAUCAAACAUAAUAGUGACACUCCAGUUCAGAGUGGAUCAAACAUAAUAGUGAGAGUCCAGUCCAUAGUGGAUCUAAGAUAAUAAGAAUCCAGUCCAUAGUGGAUCUAACAUAAUAGUGAGAGUCCAGUCCAUAGUGGAUCUAACAUAAUAGUGAAAGUCCAGUCCAUAGAGGAUCUAACAUAAUAGGAGUCCAGUCCAUAGUGGAUCUAAUAUAAAAGGAGUCCAGUCCAUAGUGGAUCAAACAUAAUAGUGAGAGUCCAGUCCAUAGUGGAUCUAACAUAAUAGUGAGAGUCCAGUCCAUUGUGGAUCUAACAUUGUAGUGUGAGAGUCCAGUCCAUAGUGGAUCUAACAUAAUAGUGAGAGUCCAGUCCAUAGUGGAUCUAACAUAAUAGUGAGAGUCCAGUCCAUAGUGGGGCCAACAAGAGACCAUUCCGAGCGGAGACAGGUCAGAAGUGCAGAGAUGUCCCCGACCGAUGCACAGGCCAGCGGUCCACCCCGGGUCAGGACUCUGGACAUCCAGCCCUUCAUCCAUGGCCACUGGACCUGUGUCCCUGACUGAUCUCCAGCAUUGCUUCAGUGUAUACCACCCUCAGUCCUUCUUCCAUAAGUUAGAUUUUAGACUUCAUUUUGGAAUCAAAAGACUCAGUUUACUUAUGUAAGCAAUAUUUGCAGAGACUUUAAUCAUCGGGAGGAUUAGAACUACCGAACUUUAGGGUUUACUUACUGGGUCACCAACAUUAGAAUUCUUAAAUAUCGGCUGCAAUAUGAAGCAUCUGAUCCUCCUUUGUUAUGGCUGCUUUAUGUAGGUGUGAAGGUUCCCCUCUUGGGUGGGUUCUCCUGGCCGACAGAUCAUCUAGUUUGAAUACAGUCUUUUAUUUGCAUGCACACACGCAGCGAUUGCUUUCCAGCAAUAUAAAUGUUUUCGUUUCAGUCUCCUGUCUCUCCCUGACUCCAACUCCUCUAUCUCGUCCCGGCUGCUGCUAAUGUAGGCGACAGGUGAUUAGGUAUACAAGGCCCACCUGGGCCAUCGACUCACCUGUCGUUGUCUUCGAGGCCGGUCCUUGCACACCCCGCAGGCCACGCCCACCUCCACAGUAGACUAACUCAACUAAACCAGUAUCUCUUAGGGCUCUGGUUCACUCUCCCAUCUGCUCUGCUACUUCUGCUUUUAUGAAAAAUCCCAUCGUUAAAAACCUUGCACCAUCACAUCUAAUCAUGUUUUCCCUCCCUCUCUUGUCGAUAAUGCUUUUUUUAAGAUGGGGAAGUCUGGCGAUCAACAGUAUUAAACAUUUAUACCUUGACAACACUCUUUCCAGCAACUUUGUGAUACAUUUUUACACCCAAAUCAACACUUUUUUAGGUGUCUACAGAUCCACAAUUUUGUUUUUUUUGAUUGAUUGAGACUUUUAUUAGUAGAUUGCACAGUACAGUAUGUAUUCUGUACAAAUGACCACUAAAUGGUAACACCUGAAUAAGUUUUUCAACUUGUUUAAGUCGAGGUCCACGUUAAUCAAUUCAUGGUUCGUAAUACUUUUCCCAGGUUUCCAAACAUACCGACUGACACAGUUUUAGAUAUGUUUCCUCCAUCUUUAAAAGUAUCAAUUACACAUAUUUAUAACCUAAACUUUAAGGUAACACCUUGUGACAGUCUCUUGCUGUCGCCGUGCCGGUUCAAUGAACCACCCAGGAAGGACAUGCUUUUGAGCAGGUUUGACUUCUUUAUUUUGCAUGAAAGGUUGGUUGCAGCUUGAAUCGCUUUUCAGCUCCUUCCUCCACUGCUUGUUCCCGGUCUGCUUUUCAGCUGUCGUCGUCGUGCUCGUCUUGCGCUCUGUGUUGCUCUCGCCUCUCAUGCGCUGUGGACUCUUCUCCUUCCUUCUCGAUCUCUCCUCCUUCUCCCCUUUUAUACAGUGUCAGGAGAAAUGUUAAUCGUUUCCCACGCACCUGAAUUCUACUGCGGCAGCGUCGCUCCCGGCACGCCCCGCCUCUCCGCUGCACCGCAUUCUCCGCCUCCUUGCCGCCAUCUUGGGCAGGGCUGCAGCGUGCCCUGUCCAAGAUGUCGGCCCGUCGGCUACUCCUCUCCACACACCUGUGUUAUUUUCUCUUAGCAAAUUCAAAAAGAAUCUACUUUGUUAGAUAGAAGUAUUAUUGUGCCAAGCCCGCCAUAUCAGAGAUAUUUUUAUAUUUUUAUUAAAUUGGAGAGAAUUUGACUGACGUUUAAUGGUUGUUCUGUAAAAUUUCCAUAAGUAUGGGGUGCUUUUUUAAAAUAUGUAAUGGAGACUGAGCUCCAGUUUGGCCCCGAUUGAGAGGUAAUUGAAUUGUGGGUGAUUGAUGAGCCUUUUGUUUGCUUGUGUGUAUUGUUGCAUCAUGUUGGGGCCAUUCGGAAGUCCAGUUGUCUGUGGUUUCAUGUCGAUAUUAUAUAAUACAAAAAAUUAAACUCGUAUUUAUGUUAAAAAAUGUGUGUCAAAAAAAUCAAUAAAUAUUUUUUAAAAAGUCA